GCGAGAAGAUGUGGAUGACGCGAGAGUGUUUUUGUAACGUUUAGGAAAUAGAACCGCGCGGUGCCCUUUGCAGCUGUGAAACAGUUGCGUCCAUGGCGGGACGAUUAAAGAAACAGCUGAAAGAGGCAGUAAGGAUCAUCGGCUCAGGCAGCCUUUUGUUUGCUUCCUACCUCACGGUGGUUGGAGAUGAGCGCUUCUAUGCCAACCACCUGAUGCCUCUGCUGCAGAGGCUUGUGGGUGCAGAAACAGCACAUGUGUUGGCAGUGAAGUUAAUAGGACUGGGUCUGGUUCCUCUAAACCGCUACCAGGACCCUGCAUCACUGGAAGUAAAUGUACUUGGACUCAAGUUCAGAAACCCUGUUGGGAUUGCAGCAGGCUUUGAUAAGAACGGCGAGGCUGUUGAUGGCUUAUUCAAAUUGGGUUUUGGUUUUGUUGAAGUUGGUACCAUCACUCCGAAACCUCAGGAGGGGAAUCCUAAACCGCGUGUGUUUCGUCUCCCUGCAGAUCAGGCAAUUAUCAACAGGUACGGAUUCAACAGCUGUGGUUUGUCUGAAGUCCACACAAGGCUAAAGGCUAGGGGGGAAACGCAGCAGGAGCACAGUAACACCGGCCUGCCCCUUGGCAUCAACCUGGGGAAGAACAAGCAUUCCCAGGAUGCUGCUGCAGAUUACUCUGAAGGGGUGAGAGCUCUGGGCCCACUUGCUGACUAUCUGGUGGUCAACGUCAGCAGCCCCAAUACGCCAGGUCUGCGAGAUCUGCAGGGGAAGGCUGAACUUCGCCAGCUUUUACGCACGGUGUUGAAAGAGCGUGAUGGUCUGCAGGAAGAACGCAAACCUCCAGUCCUGGUUAAGAUCGCUCCUGACCUCUCCGCCCAGGACAAGCAGGACAUUGCAGAUGUUGUUGCUGAGUUGGCAGUGGAUGGUGUGAUGGUGUCUAACACCACUGUGUCCAGACCAGAGGCACUUCAGGACCCACACAAGUCUGAGACUGGUGGGCUAAGUGGCCAGCCCCUUAAAGACCUCUCCACUAGGACUGUCAGCGAAAUGUACAACCUAACCAAAGGCAAAGUACCCAUCAUUGGAAUUGGUGGCGUGGCCAGUGGGCAGGAUGCAAUGGAUAAGAUUCGUGCCGGUGCUUCUCUGGUGCAACUUUAUACUGCUUUGACCUAUCAGGGUCCACCUGUAGUGAAGAAGAUAAAGCGAGAACUGGAGCAGCUUCUUAAAGAUCAAGGUUUCAGCUGUGUAUCCGAGGCUGUCGGCGCAGAUCACAGGCAAAAAGAAAAGAAAUCCUAGCACACACUCCCAAGGCUCUGCAACACGUGUACCUGUCUCUUCCAUCAAAGCUAAAUAAUCAGCCUUCUGUCAUAUACUUGUAUUAACUUCUAUCAUUUGUUUUUCCAUUCUGAUUUUCAGGAUGGCAAAUGAAUGAUCUGUUUUUUUAUUUAGGUUCAAAGUUUGAAUAAAUUAAAUGAACACCUUUACAAUACA